AUGGCAGGUAGACCACAGCAGAAUGGUCACAACCUCCUAAGCUUGGAAGACGAUGACGACGAUGGUCCGGUGUACCAUGAUGGCGAACGGCCUCCAGUUUCCGAUGAGGAAAUGCUACGUACAUACAACAUCUCCGACUCGAGUGUUCCGCAACCGCGGAUCAGCGAGUCACACGAUGACUUUGUUGGAUCACGAUCAACAGCCGGCUUACCUGGAGGACCCGGACAGCCAGCUUCCAGUGCAGCGGGAGGUCUGCGACCACCUGGACCUGGCGAUGCAGGCAGGAGCUACUCGCAAACGUCAGGUCUAAACAACUACCAGCGCUACUCCGAUAUCGACAAUGACCAAUUUUCCGACUCUGCCUCGAUGGCAGGCGGCUACUAUGCUGCUGGAGGAGGUAUCGACGAGGAUAGUGUGCCCGGAUUGCCGCUCAACAGGGGCAAAAGCAAGCAUAGGAGCCGAAAUAGCAUCUUGAGCCUGGGAGGCGGGAUCGUGGGCAAAGCUAAGAAUAUGCUCGGCAUGGGUCCGGAAUACUCGGAAAUGGAUCUGCCGCUCACGGAGACGGGAGCCAGGGCGGAGCGGGUGGGCAGCGCGGGAGUGGAUAGUGUCAAUGAUGCGAUGAGCGGCCCACCACCGAGACGAACACCUGGUGCAACCUUCAAGUUUGGCUUACCCGGAAUCGGAAGACGGAAACCGGACCCCUCGUCACUUGGACCGCGGAUUAUACAUCUCAACAACCCGCCGGCGAAUGCGACGAACAAAUAUGUUGACAACCAUGUCAGCACGACGAAGUACAACAUUGCUACAUUCGUGCCGAAGUUCUUGUUCGAGCAGUUCAGCAAGUACGCGAACUUGUUCUUUCUGUUCACCGCUAUUCUCCAGCAGAUACCCGGCAUCAGUCCGACCAACCGUUUCACUACUAUUGUCCCACUCGGGAUCGUGCUGUUGGUGUCGGCGGGCAAGGAGCUGGUAGAAGACCAACGGCGGAGGAGUCAGGAUGCGCAACUGAAUGGAAGUCCCGCACGUGUGCUUCGAGGCACUAGAUUUGAAGACGUGAAAUGGAUUGACAUUAAAGUCGGAGACAUCGUCCGAGUGGAGUCCGAAGAAUCGUUCCCAGCUGAUCUCGUCUUGCUCGCUUCGUCCGAACCGGAAGGCUUGUGCUACAUAGAGACCGCCAACCUCGACGGGGAGACCAACCUCAAAAUCAAACAAGCCAUUCCAGAGACCUCAUCUCUCGUCUCCUCCGCCGAGCUCGCACGCCUGGGCGGCCGUCUUCGCAGCGAACAACCCAACAGCAGUCUGUACACUUACGAGGCUACGCUGACCAUGCAGGCCGGUGGUGGAGAGAAAGAACUACCUCUCGCGCCUGAUCAACUCUUACUCCGUGGCGCCACGCUGCGCAACACACCCUGGGUCCACGGCGUCGUCGUGUUUACUGGCCACGAAACGAAGCUCAUGCGCAACGCCACCGCUACACCAAUCAAGCGGACAAAUGUGGAGAAGCGCGUCAACAUGCAGAUCCUGAUGCUCGGAGGCGUGCUCGUAGCCCUCUCCGCCAUCUCCUCCGCUGGUGACGUCGCCGUCCGCGUCACUGUCGGGAAGAACCUUUGGUUCCUCGACUACGGCAAGUCCAACGUAGCGGGUUUGUUCUUCGCCGACUUCUUCACCUACUGGAUUCUGUAUUCUAAUUUAGUGCCCAUCUCCCUCUUCGUUACCGUGGAGAUCAUCAAGUACUACCAAGCCUUCCUCAUUAGCUCAGACCUCGACAUCUACUACGCCGAGACUGACACGCCGGCAAAUUGCCGCACGAGUAGUUUGGUGGAGGAGCUGGGUCAGGUGGAGUACGUGUUCAGCGACAAGACUGGGACGCUGACAUGCAAUAUGAUGGAGUUCCGGGCUUGUUCGAUUGGAGGAUUGCAGUAUGCGGAUGAGGUGCCCGAGGAUCGAAGAGUGCUCAACGAAGAGGAUGCGAUGACGCAUGGGAUUCAUGAUUUCAAGGCGCUGGAGCGGCAUAGGCUUGAGGGCAGGAAUGGCACGGGUAUUGCGGAGUUUCUCACAUUACUCUCGACCUGCCACACCGUGAUCCCGGAGACGAAUGCGGAGAAGCCGGGCAUGAUCAAGUACCAGGCCGCUUCACCCGACGAGGGCGCGCUAGUCGAAGGCGCCGUCACACUCGGGUACAAGUUUGUAGCGCGGAAGCCGAAGAUGGUGACUAUUCUUGUUGAUGGCCAGCAGGAGCAUGACUACGAGCUGCUGGCUGUGUGUGAGUUCAACAGCACGAGAAAGCGCAUGAGCUGCAUCUACCGAUGUCCGGACGGGAAGAUCAGAUGCUAUUGCAAGGGCGCGGAUACAGUCAUCCUUGAGCGGCUCGGCCAGCGGGACGAAGUGGUGGAGAAGACGCUACUGCAUUUGGAGGAGUAUGCGGCAGAAGGUUUACGGACACUGUGUCUGGCGAUGCGAGAAGUGCCCGAAGCGGAGUUCCGUGAAUGGUGGGACGUCUUCAACACCGCUGCCACGACUGUUUCUGGCAAUCGAGCGGACGAGCUAGAUAAAGCGGCCGAACUCAUUGAGCACGACUUCACCCUCCUCGGUGCGACGGCAAUUGAGGACAAAUUGCAGGAAGGCGUGCCGGAUACCAUACACACUCUACAGACUGCCGGCAUCAAAGUCUGGGUACUGACAGGUGACCGACAAGAGACGGCGAUCAACAUCGGCAUGUCUUGCAAGCUGAUAAGCGAAGACAUGACGUUACUCAUCAUCAACGAAGCCAACGCCGAAGCCACACGAGCGAACAUGCAAAAGAAACUCGACGCCAUCCGCUCCCAGCACGCCGGCAACAUCGAAAUGGAAACCCUCGCGCUCGUCAUCGACGGCAAAUCCCUCACCUACGCCCUCGAGCGCGAUCUCGAGAAGCUCUUCCUCGACUUAGCCGUCAUGUGUAAAGCCGUGAUCUGCUGCCGCGUCUCGCCCUUGCAAAAAGCGCUCGUGGUGAAACUCGUCAAGCGCCACCUCAAAGCCAUCCUGCUCGCCAUCGGCGACGGCGCCAAUGAUGUCUCCAUGAUCCAAGCCGCGCACAUCGGCAUCGGCAUUUCCGGCGUCGAAGGCCUGCAAGCGGCUCGCAGCGCUGACGUCUCCAUCGCGCAGUUCCGCUUCUUACGGAAACUCCUGCUUGUCCAUGGGAGCUGGUCGUACCAACGCAUCAGCAAGGUUAUCUUGUAUUUUUACUACAAGAACACCGCGCUCUUUAUUACGCAAUUCUGGUAUUCGUUCCAGAACGCCUUUUCCGGCCAAGUGAUCUACGAGUCCUGGACGCUGUCCUUCUUCAACGUCAUCUUCACCGCCAUGCCGCCUUUCGUGCUUGGCAUCUUCGACCAGUUCGUUAACGCUCGACUACUAGACCGUUACCCGCAGCUCUACCAACUCAGUCAGAAGGGUGCAUUUUUCCAGACGCACAAUUUCUGGAGUUGGGUCGCGAAUGGCUUCUACCACUCGCUCCUACUCUAUUUCGUCAGCGAGCUGAUCUGGUGGGACGAUGGUGUCCUUCCCAACGGCAAAGUGGCCGGGCAUUGGGUUUGGGGUACCGCACUGUACACUGCGGCGCUGGUGACGGUGUUGGGUAAAGCGGCGCUAAUGACGAAUAUCUGGACCAAGUAUACCGUCAUCGCCAUUCCCGGCUCGUUGGCUAUCUGGUUCAUCUUCUUACCCGUGUAUGCGACGGUGGCGCCGAUGCUGCAUUUCUCGACCGAGUAUAAGAAUGUGCUACCAGUCUUGCUCAGCACGCCUAACUAUUGGCUUAUGAGCCUGGUGGUGCUGCCGGCGUUGUGUUUGGCGCGAGAUUUCGCAUGGAAGUAUGCGAAGAGGAUGUACUUCCCGCAGAGUUACCAUCAUGUGCAGGAGAUACAGAAGUACAAUAUCCAGGAUUACAGGCCUAGGAUGGAGCAGUUCCAGAAGGCCAUCCGCAAAGUGCGACAAGUACAGCGCAUGCGUAAGCAGCGCGGAUAUGCUUUCUCGCAGACCGACGAGAGCCAGGCGCGCGUGUUGCAGGCGUACGAUACCACGAGGGAAAGAGGACGGUAUGGUGAAAUGGCGAGCUCACGGCGGUAA